AUGGCCCAUCCCGUCGCUGAUAUGCCAAACCCUGAGCAUAUAGAACACGACUCGAUGCUUUCGCGCAGUCCAGCCGAGCUUCACUAUGCGACAUACCAAGACGUGGAGUCACUCGUACCCGCGGAUCUAUACGACAAGUCAGAGGAAGAGGUGCUAAGGUCCUACCAUUCCGGCAACGUGCUUCCAUUGCUAGUGUUUUUGGGAUUGGACGAAUCGCGCGCGGAGGCAUUGAGAUAUAAAAGUUAUGCGGGCGCUCCAUACUUUGCGCUGGACAUCACGCCAAAAGGCGGGUUGGCGCAGAAAGCACAAAAGAUAAUCGACGCCAUGGAGGCGAAGGGACUAUCAUUUCAAAAUACACGAACUAUCACCAGUUUAUCUCCUGGAGACGCCGCCAUCUACGCCCAAUCUCGCGCCAUCGUAGACUGGAACAUCCGCAACGCGUUUUGCGGCACCUGCGGACACCCGACCAUCUCCAUACACGCCGGCACCAAACGAGCCUGCCCACCCACCGAUCUCGGUCUCGUCGAAAACGGAGCCUCGGCCGGGGCCGCACGACCACCCUGCCAUACCCGCACCACGAUCUCCAACCUUUCCUUCCCCCGAACCGACCCCACCAUCAUCGUCGCAGUCCUCAGCCACGACAGCAACCGCAUCCUGCUCGGCCGCCAGAAGCGAUGGCCCCCAAAUUGGUACUCCACCCUAGCAGGCUUCAUCGAACCAGGCGAAUCCGUCGAAGACGCCGUGCGUCGCGAGGUCUGGGAGGAAUCCGGCGUGACGCUAUCCCGCGUGCUCAUACACAGUACGCAGCCGUGGCCGUACCCUGCAAACCUGAUGAUCGGGGCGAUCGCACAGGUGGCGAAGCCGGAGAAUGAGAAGAUCAGUCUCGUGCAUGACCCGGAGCUGGAGGAUGCGCGGUGGUUUGAGACCGCGGAGGUCGAGGAGGCGAUGAGGGUGGGGACGAGUGCACUGGGUAGCGAGCCUGGGCCGGAGUAUAAACAGGGCGGACUCAGACUGCCGCCAAAGACGGCGAUUGCGUACCAGCUCAUCUCCGCGGUGGUCAAGGGUGAGUAUUUGGGAGCUCCGCAUGAAUCCAAGAUAUAA